UGCAUAUUUUGCCUUCUUAAAUGUUUACCACAGCUACAAAAAAAAACUAGUAUUGACUCGCUUGCAAAAGCUCGUCGACAAAGUUGAAUCAUAAUGAUAAGGCUGUAUGAACUUAGUAUUUUUGCAGUCAAAUGGGAGAAAUUAACGAACAGAAAUGUCAAAAUUCCGUUGUGAAAUUUAAAAUUUUUGUUUUGUGAUUGUUUUUUUGUUAUUUCUUUUAGUCGAAUUUAUUUAAGCAAUCAAAAAGAAUGCAUUAUUAAAAUGGAUCAGUCCUAUUCCGAUAGUGAUAUUUCUCUUUCGCCUUCGAAAAUAUUAGAGCGUUUGCAAGUGCUGAGACAAUUGCAGCUCAUGCAACGAGGGAAACUUCAUAAACAACGUUUGGAGUACCAAGAAAAUACCGAAAACUCAUCUAGCAUUACAGAGAUCGUUAGUCAAUUUAGCAAUAGUACAACAUAUAACACAUUCCGCAGUCUUUUGGAAACUACUGAUGAUGCUACACCUCGAUCGAAGAUAGAAAGCGUGUCGCCCAAAGUAAGGGAAACAGAUUUGAUAGAAGGGGUGUCAAUUUUAAAUUUGUCUCAAGAGUCUGAAUUCAUUGUAAAAUCCCCAUCAUCAGCCAGAAGCCUAGCCUCGGUGACAUCUCAAAAUGAACCCCAAUCUACCACUAAUGUUUCUGAUGCUAAAUCUUUUACUAAAAAGCAAAUAUCUCUAGAUGAGAUGCCUGUGCUGACACCAAAAAAAGAUUUUGAAGCAUUAAUAUUAGAGAAGCUUAAGGGUGAAAUAAAUAAAAAAGUCAUAGAUGAUAAGAAACAAAAACUAUGUGCUGUUAAAGCAAAAAAGAAAUUUCUAAAAAAAGGGGAAGGUACAUCUCGUUUUGGUAUACAAAAGAAUGACUUGGUAAUACAAAACACGAAAUCGCUACCUUGGCGUAAAAAUGCAAUAAAAUCUUUUACUAAGCGUGAUAAUUUGCAGGAAAAUGUUACUGAGAAUCAUACUAAUAAUGAAGCAAUAAUAACAAAUGCUCAAAUUGUAUCACAACAGCCUAAAGCUAUAGAUAUCUGCAAAUCCAAAGAGGUUUCCAAAGAUAAUAUAAUAAUGCCAUCUGAAGAACAAAACUUCCAACAUCCAAUAAAAGAAUUAACACAACAUAUUCCAAAGGAUAAACAUCCACCACUUAGAAUUAAAGGCAAAACAUGGGCUUCGGUGUUGUCUAAGGAACAGAAUGAUUUCUUACAUCAACUGAAACAAAGUGAUUAUUAUAAAAAUUUUGCAUCACCAGCAAAAAGUACCAUGUCAGAUGCUAGCUGUGAUGAAAACCUACUAAGACUUAAAGUAGAAAGGGAAGCAGCAGAGCAAAAUAUGUUUGAACUGCUAGAAAGUAAAGUAUCUCAUGAAAGUUUUAACUUGGAGAACUCUUUCUUCAAUAGAUUUUUGAGACAUAGUCAACUUGAAUGUUCAGGAGAGAAUACACCUUUAGUUAUGCAACAAUGUCUUGCCAAAAAUCCAAACCUUAUAAAGAUAUUACCUAAGUUACAACAGGAAAUAAGAAAUUCAUAUUCCUUUACUAAUGUUGAAACUAAUGAUGAAUGUUCAGAGUGCUGUAGCGAAACAUGCUCAACUGUGUCUAGUUGUUGCUCAUGUAAGACUGUUGAAGAAAGUAAUACUACUUUGCAGGAUAUCAAUGUUGACAAAAAUAAUAAAUUACAUCAAAAAAUAGAAAGGCACAAUGAGAAACAAGGAUUUACCAAAAAAUCUGCAGUAAAUAAGGCUGUAAAGAUAUUAGAAACUGAAAAAAAUAAAAGUGACAAUGUCAAUAAUAGUGACAGUGAAAUAAAAGCAAACAUGGUUGAAAUGAAUGAAAAAUUAAUUGCAACAAGUGAGCUUCUAAAAGAAAGGCUUUGUGAAUUAGAAAAUGAAAUUGAAACAUUUAGGCAAGAAAAUGCAAACCUUGCAAAAGUGCGUGAUGAAUUUGAUGCAGAACGCCACAAAUUUUAUGAAGAAAAAGCAAUGUUUGAGCAAAAAUUUAAUGAGGAUAAAAUAUUAUCAGAAUAUUAUUUAGCUGAAGAAAAAGAAAAGUUAUCUAAGCAAAAACAGAUGUAUGAAAAAUAUGUAAGAGAGAUGAGGGGCCGUUUAAAUAAGAAAGAUAAAGAUGAGGUUAUUAGUUUGAAAAAAGAAAUAAGUGAUCUUAAAGAGGAAAUUAGAUUAAAAGACGCCAAAUCUACUUCAACUAUUGCACGUCUUAGAAAUCAAAUCAAGGUUUUAGAAAAAGAAAAGAAAGAUUUAUUAGAUGAAACAGAAAAAUUGAAGAAAGAAAAUAGGAGGAUUCAACAUAGCAAUGAUAUGACAAGAAGGAUGACUAACAUUAAAUAUUUAGAGGAAAUUAACAAGAAACUUUCUAAUAUAACAGCAAAAGAAACCCAAUCAGAAAUUAAUUUUGAUAAUAACGCUAAAUAUAAAACUUUAGAAAUAGAAAGACAAGGUAGGUGUAAAAAAGUUCAGGUACCAGGCAAUAGACCAUUGCGAAGUAGGGCUAAAAGUGUUCCUAAUCUCAAGGUUACCUCAAGAUAUGCAAAAUAUUUUAGCCAAAGAGAUGUUGUAAGUGAUCUGGAUAGAAAUAAAUUUAUGGAAAAUUCAGGACCAUAUACUUGUUCUUCUGAUAAUUAUCAAUCGGAAGAUGAAGUAUUACAUAUAGAGAAUGAAUCUCAACAUGGUUCAGAUUCUGAUCAUGAAGAGAACAAUUUGGAAAAGUUGUACAUGGAGAGGUUUCAUUCAUUAUCACCUAAGAGUUCUAGAUCUAAUUUAUCUAUCUCAAAUUCGAAUAGUAAUAAAAAUAAUGAAAGAAAAAGCAACAGUCCCCACAACCAUAAUGAGUUUUUUAUUUCUAAAUCAACAUCAAGUAAUGAUUGCAGACUUAGUAAUAACAUUACGCCAACUAAUCAAAGUACAAUGUUUAAUUCACAUAAAUCAAAGACAUCUAUAUCUAUUACCAGUCCCCAAUACUGUAAUCAAAAAUCAAGAAAUUCUACUCAAGAAUUGCACAUUAAUAAACUCAAUACCAUAGACCAGAUUUCCGAUACAUCAAAUGAUUCUGGUAAAUCACGUACAUCAAAAUCUCCAGUUUCCAUUAUAACAAACAGAUCUGCCAGCAGUCAUAAGCCAACAACAGUUAUACACAAAGAUUAUUUUAGAGACACAUUUAACGUUAGUCCUGAACCAACAUCCAGUAGAACCAGUGUAUCAAAAACAAAUUUAAAUCCAACUGAAAUAAAGAAACCAGAUGGCUCAAAAGAACUAAGAUUUCCUAAUGGAAAUAUAAAAUUUGUUUCAUCUGAUGGCAAAUAUAGUAAAUUUAUUUAUUACAAUGGUGACGUAAAGGAAAACUUUUAUAAUGAAGGCAGAAUUAAAUAUUUCUAUGCUGAGUCAAAGACUUAUCAUACUACACAUGCUGAUGGAUUAGAAGUUCUGGAAUUUCCUGAUGGUCAAGUUGAAAAGAGGUACAAAGACGGAUCAUCAGAGAUACAUUUGCCCAAUGGCAGUAUUCGCUAUUUUGACCCGAAAAAUGAACAUGUGCGUGAAGAAUGGCGGUUUCCCGACGGCACUGCCAUUACGGUAUCAGCUUCUGGGGAACAACGCAUUGUUUUCUCUAAUGGGCAGGUGGAAGUGCAUGCCACAGAUCAUAAGCGUCGCGAAUUUCCCGAUGGCACGGUGAAGCUGGUCUACAACGACGGUACGUCAGAAACGCGGUACGUAUCUGGUCGAGUUCGCAUCAAGGACAAACAUGGAAACCUUAUAAUGGAUUCUGUAUCCAGGUGACAGCAAACUACCACUAAAUAUGCAGACUGACUAAAAAACUGUGAUAACGCAUCUGAAAUUUGUAACUGACAUUUUCACUAUGAGCUUGUGACAAAAAAUAUCUAUAUAUUUAUUAAUUGUUUAACGGUAAUGGAGAUCAGAUUAAAGGUCACACUCACAGAAAUUAAUUAAAUUUACCUACUGAACCGUCGUCGCUUUGCUCUACUGCCGCAGUUACAUUUGGUCGUUAGUCGAUGCACGAAAGACAUAACUCGAAUGGGGGCACACGAAGCAAUAUUUACACUGGAAGACGGGCUGGAAGACGGUGUCGAAUAAGGGUGCGGCCAGAGUGCACUCAGAUUCAGAGUCAGAUUCAGAUUCUGAAAAUAAGCGCGAGAAAUAAACAGUGUAGUCUAAGCAGGUUGCCUGCUUUUUCUCGCGCUUUGUUUUCUGAGUCUGAAUCUGAAUCU